UAAAUAGGAGCGGGGGCGGCCCGGGGACGCUACGGCUGCUGGCGCUCCGAGGCUGGCACCGGAUCGCGCUCGUCGGCUGCAGGCCCAGUCGCUCGGCGGUGGAGCUCGGUGAAUCUAGGAUCAGGCUUCCAAAAUGUGGCAGCUCUUGGCCACCCUCAGCUGCCUGGUGGUGCUGACCAGUGCACGGAGCCAGCUCCAUUUCCAGCCCCUGUCAGAUGAGCUGCUCAACUAUGUUAACAAACGGAACACUACAUGGAAGGCUGGACACAACUUCCACAAUGUGGAACUGAGCUACGUGAAGAGACUAUGUGGCACCAAACUGGGUGGGCCCAAGCUGCCCCAGAGAGUCUGGCUUGCUGAUGAUAUAGUUCUGCCUGAAAACUUCGAUGCCCGGGAACAGUGGCCGAACUGCCCAACCAUCAAGGAGAUCAGAGACCAGGGCUCCUGUGGCUCCUGCUGGGCAUUUGGAGCUGUGGAAGCCAUUUCUGACCGGAUCUGCAUCCUCACCAAUGGGCAUGUCAGUGUGGAGGUGUCUGCUGAGGACCUGCUCACCUGCUGUGGCUUCCAGUGUGGGGAAGGCUGUAAUGGGGGCUUUCCCUCCGGCGCUUGGAACUUCUGGACAAAAAAAGGCCUGGUUUCCGGUGGCCUCUAUGACUCCCAUGUAGGUUGCAGACCCUACUCCAUCCCUCCCUGUGAGCACCAUGUGAAUGGCUCUCGGCCCUCAUGCUCAGGGGAGGGGGGGGACACCCCCAAGUGCAGCAAGAUUUGUGAGCCGGGCUACACCCCAUCCUACAAAGACGACAAACACUUUGGGUGCCAGUCCUACAGCGUCCCCAGCAGCGAGAAGGAGAUCAUGGCAGAGAUCUACAAAAACGGCCCGGUGGAGGCAGCCUUCUCCGUGUACUCAGACUUCCUGAUGUACAAGUCCGGCGUGUACCAACAUGUUACUGGAGAGAUGGUGGGAGGCCAUGCGGUCCGCAUCCUGGGCUGGGGAGUGGAGAAUGACACCCCCUACUGGCUGGUUGGCAACUCCUGGAACACCGACUGGGGUGACAAUGGCUUCUUUAAAAUCCUCAGAGGACAGGAUCACUGUGGAAUUGAAUCGGAAAUCGUGGCUGGACUCCCGUGCACUGAGCAGUACUGGAGAAGGAUCUAACCUGCCGUGGGCCCUUCCAGACAGCCCUGGGGCAAUGUUUCCCUGAAUAUAGCCAGUGGGGCUGGGGAUGAGAUGAGGGAUAGGAAUGCCUUUUGUUCUCUUAGUUCAAAUGGGUGUUAGGGCCUGAAGGACUGGAUUGGGCCAAACCUCGUGUCUACCAUGACAGCUGUCUUCUAAGGAGACACGUCCAGGGCCUGGCUACCUCCCAGCCCAUUCAGUGGACUUUUGUCACAAUGCACUUACACCACACAAGCCACAGUUAUAAGCAAAGCAAGUCCUUCCCCCUUAGACUAGUGCUGCUCUGGCUCUUGCUCCAACCACCUCCACCAUCUUUCAUCCUUCCCCAUCUGUGCAUCACCGGGAGCAUGACCUAAAGGGUUUGUAGAUUUUUCCAAAGGAAUGAAAAGUGGAUUUCCUAACAAGAUAGCUUCCCACCCAUCAGCAAUACCUCCAAGCAAGUAGCUUUCUAGAUUUGGAAAUAGGUUGAGAAGAGAAAUAGCGGGCAGCCCUUUGGAAAAAGCCACUCUCCUGGGGCCCCUGCUUCUAUUGAGCUUUGGUGUUGCUAACCUGCUCCAAUCUUGUCCUUGGCAUGAUUCCUUUCAAACAGAAGUUGUAUUUUUUUGUGCACUUCAGCUGAUCAUGAGAAUGAUAGUCUUAAUAGUUGGAAGAGCUGUUGUAGUUAGUCUCCUUAAAACAAAACUGGGUAGGCUUGAUUUGACUGGCCUACCGACCUCUAAUACAACAGUGAAAAUAGUGUGGGAGAAACUGGCUCUGAUUGUUUAAAAAUCACUGCUGCAUCCUAUUAAAUUUAACAAGGAAAGGAAUGACUGUGCCAAUAAAAGGUUUCUCCUUCAAUGUAAAGUCUGUCCUGGUGGGAUGUCAAAGGUCAUUUGUCACUGUCUGUAGACUUGUGGCUGCUGUCUGUCUUUAUCCCCCAGAAAGAAUCACGGUCCCAUGGAUCUGGGUGCUCUUUAAACUAACUAACCAGGGCUAUCUUGUUUCAGUUUGGGAGAACAAAGUAAAUAAUUUUAGCUUCUCACUGCUCCAGCAUCCUUUCAAACCAUGGAUUCUUUUAGUUCCUUGUCACUCUCAUCAAACCUUCUCUGUAAAUGCAUCCCCAAAAUGUGACCCCAGGCCUUGAUGAGCUCUGGUCCUGCUUAAAGCGAUAAGAACACAGUUGUAUUCAAUUUUUUAUUUUUUGGCCAACGACAAACCACAGCAACCGAAGGAUUCAUGUGGGUAUGGUGACUUGAUGUCAUAGCCCAGUAUCCUGCUGGAGGACCAGCUUUCCCUGGCACCCUCAGUGCAGGAAUGGGGUGGAGGCAGAGCCUGUGUGCGCUGCUUUGAGAGCUCCCUAUGACUGGUUCACUGCUGGUUAAGAACUAUCCCUUUGGACAGGCCUAGGUAAGAAUCAUAAGCAACGGAGUUCACUGGUUCUUGAAGGAACAGAGGAAAUGAAUUGGCACCUGUCCCUCUGGCCUGUAGAUAUUUCCCUUUGGCAACUGCGGGUUGGACUAGCUCUUCCCAAAAUCAUGCAAAGUUUGACUUCUGAUGCGACUCAGAAGUCACAAAUCAGAAGCUCCUAAAAUAAGCUCUUAAACACCCAGUGAAUAUUGUAGGAAAAAUAUGUGAAACUCAUAGCAUUUAUGAAAUGUUUAACAAGGGUUACCAAGGCUACAAAUUCAUAACCAUUUUAUUCUUAACAUUUCAAUUAGAGUAUGUUCAUAACCUCAGUGAAGUUCCGCAUUCUACCUAUCCCAACUGAGUUGAAUAAUUCCAUUUCCACGACUUGCUCCUACCUCCACCAUCUCUGCAACUCCACCCUCACCAUGGAAGCCAGUAGAGAUGUGCUAAGUGAUGUAAUCAAAUGCACUACAGGUCAUCUUCACACUUGGCUUAAGGAGUCUUUGUUAGAAAAUAAAAGAAUUGUACUAUUGGCA